CUCGUUCACCCUGACGAGAGAAUUAGACGGUUGUUCCUCAGUAGUGCAGCGCUCCCAACCACAAGAAACCAUUUUCAAGCAAGUUGGACAUUGGGUGUUGAAAGUGUUCCAAGCGCCAGAGUUGAGCAUGAUCAACGGGAACACACCACAACCCAGCGCUCCAAACGACAAUCACAAAAUGAGUUCCAAUGGCGAUGGUGUGAUUGGCGAGGGUUAUAAUGAGCCAGGAACCGCUGAGGAAGAGGAGAGUGAGAACUUCGACCCCAAUGCCCCUGAGGACACCAACCUGAUGGCCAAGAAGAAUCGGGACCGUUUUGCCAUCAACAAGUCGUACAGCAUCGAGAACGGUUACCAAGGCACCAAGCGGAACCUCGUGAACGAUGCCAAAUUUGAGACCAAAGUCCAUUUGGAGACCAAGAAGAACUGGCUCCAAGCGGUCAGACAACAGAGCGAAGAAUUAGCCGACGAGGAGCUGGGCGAUGACGAUGUGUUUGUUUUGGAGUCGAUUGCCGAGGCCAAGAAGAACGAGGAUGAUCGCCUACGCGUUACCAUGGUGAUCAGUCUCAAGGAAACCAUCAACUCGUUAUCCAAGAUCUUGAAGAUCAUUGAGAUCAACAAAGGCGACAUCAGUCACAUGGAGACGCGGGAAUCCCAGAUCACUAAUGCCAGUGUCGAUGUGCUCCUGAAGAUCGACAUCAAGCAAGGCAAUCUCCUUCAUUUUCUGAAGGCUUUGAAGCGAUGCUCGUCCUUGAAUUCAGUUCAAUUAUUGUCGAGCAAGGCGGUCAACUUGAAAUUUCCUUGGUUCCCGAGGCACAUCUCAGAGCUGGACCAAUGCAACCACUUGGUGACCAAAUUUGAACCAGAACUGGAUAUGGAUCAUCCAGGAUGGAGCGACCAAGAGUACCGCAAACGAAGAAUGGAGAUUGCUCAAAUCUCUUUUAACUAUCGGCAUGGUGAUCCCAUCCCUCGAAUUCGGUACACUCCUGACGAGAUCAAGACCUGGAAAGCGGUGUUCACCAAAGUCGAGGAGCUUUUGCCCGGCCGGGCGUGUAAGACCCACCGUCGCGUCUUGGAGCUGAUGAAGAAGGAGUGCGGUUACUCCGAAGACAACAUUCCGCAAAUGGAGGACAUUUCCAUGUUCUUGAAAAAAACAUCCGGAUUUACAUUGCGACCCGCCGCUGGUCUGGUGACGGCUCGUGAUUUCUUGGCCAGUUUGGCGUUCCGUGUUUUCCAAUGUACUCAGUACAUGCGGCAUUCAUCUAGCCCGCAUCAUUCGCCAGAGCCUGAUGCGAUUCAUGAGCUUCUUGGCCAUUGUCCUAUGUUUGCGGAUCCGCUUUUUGCCCAAUUCUCACAAGAAAUCGGAUUGGCCUCGUUGGGGGCGUCAGAUAAGGAGAUUGAAAACUUGGCCACAUUAUAUUGGUUCACCGUGGAGUUUGGCUUAUGCCGUGAAAACGGUCAAGUGCGGGCUUACGGAGCAGGUCUGUUGUCAAGUUACGGCGAGUUGCUCUACGCUCUUUCGGACAAACCUGAGUUGAGAGACUUUGAACCGGCCUCGGCUGCCGUGCAAGAGUACGAUGACCAGGCCUACCAGGAGAUCUACUACGUGGCCCAAAGCUUCGAAGAUGCCAUGGAAAAAUUCAGACGAUGGGUGGCCCAAAAUAUGACUCGCCCCGUGGAAAUGCGGUUUAAUCCGUACACCCAGACCAUCGAGGUGAUUGAUUCGGUCAAUGGGAUGGAGAAUCUCAUCUCUCAAAUGAGAUUAGAGCUGAACCACUUGAACAACGCCCUCGGGCGGAUCAAAGUCUAACCUGUCUGCCUGUCUGUCUUGG